AUGACACAAACAGAUCCUUCAGUGUGGACACCUCCUACUGUUCCGGAGUGGGAGUAUCCCAAAGAAACUACUGAAAGACUAGAGUGGGCAGAUUUGUCCACUAUUGAUUUGACCUCGUUCAAUGAACCCAGUGGAAAAAAAGCUUUGGCUGAACAACUAUCACAGGCUAUUCAAAAAGACGGUUUCUUUGCAGUGGUUGGCCAUGGAAUCUCAAAAGAUGAAGUUAAACGCCAAUUUGCGUUGGGAAAAACCUUUUUCGAAUCUCAAUCAAAUGAAGUAAAACGCCAACGUGUGGUUGAUUUUGAUGAUGGAGACUAUUUUGGAUAUAAAGCCCCUUUUGAAAAGACCAUGUUUGGAACUGACGUGAAGGAAAACGUGGAACUGCUGAACGUUCCCAAAUUUAACGGUUUUUUCGACGACGAUGUGAUCAACCGCAUACCUUAUUUAAAUCACUUCAGGUCUGAGAUCGAGUCGUUCUCUCGAAAGUCGUUUGAGGUUGCCCGAAAAUUAUUUGUCUUGUUUGCAAUAAUUCUUGAACUUCCUGAAAACUACUUUGCUGAUCAACAUCGUUACGAAGAUUAUUCUGAUGAUCAUCUCAGAUAUAUGCUUUACCAUCCUAGACCUGCUGAAGAUGACGCAAAAUUGGACAACAAUUGGGCCCGUGGCCACACAGACUUUGGAUCUUUAACCCUGUUGUUUUCACAAGUGGUUGCUGGAUUGCAAAUAAGAACCGAAACAGAGUCAGGUUACGAGUGGAAACACAUCCGUCCAGUUGAUGGAGGCAUUAUCUGCAACAUCGCCGAUGCAUUAGGAUUUUACAGCAACAACUACCUCAAGUCCACAGUGCAUCGCGUCCUGCGUCCGCCCGAUGACCAAGUUGGGUCCCGCCGUCUGGGAUUGUUCUACUUUGUUCGUCCUGGAAAAGGGUCCCAAAUCGAGAUUGCCCCUUCGCCUGUGCUGAAGAAACUGGGUCUUUAUAGGGACCUCCCCGCUGUGUCAGGCCAGCAUUAUGUGAGAAGCAGAGUCAAACAGUAUCAUACGAAAACCACUUACGACCGUAACUAUGGGGAGAAAUUCCGUGUGGGAGAUUUUGAAAUUAUUGACGGGUAUGAAUGA